UCCGCUCCCCGCCCCGAGAGCCGCGCAGCGCGAAGAUGGCGGCGCACAAAUUCUUCCUGCUGCCGCUCAGCCGCCGCAUCCUCCUUCCCGCCGCGCGGGCGCGGGGCGCCGGGGCUGAGAUUUGUGGAUGCUAUUUUUCUACCAGUUGUCAUCGCAACACCAAAUUUUAUACUGAUCCUGUUGAAGCUGUAAAAGAUAUACCCAAUGGAGCAACUAUACUUGUUGGUGGUUUUGGAUUGUGUGGGAUUCCUGAAAACCUCAUUGGGGGUUUACUGAAGACUGGAGUAAAGGGAAUAACAGCAGUCAGUAAUAAUGCAGGUGUUGACAAUUUUGGACUUGGUCUUCUGCUUCAGACAAAGCAGAUAAAACGCAUGGUGUCUUCAUAUGUUGGAGAGAACGCUGAAUUUGAACGACAGUAUUUAUCUGGCGAGCUUGAAGUUGAGCUUACACCGCAGGGUACACUUGCUGAACGUAUUAGAGCAGGAGGAGCAGGAAUUCCAGCAUUUUACACCAGUACUGGCUAUGGGACGCUGGUGCAGGAAGGAGGUGCGCCUAUCAAAUACAACACAGAUGGCACCAUUGCCAUUGCCAGCCAGCCAAGAGAGGUGCGAGAGUUUGAUGGCCGUCACUUUAUUCUGGAGAAGUCGAUUACAGGAGAUUUUGCUCUUGUGAAGGCGUGGAAGGCUGAUCGUGCAGGAAACAUUAUUUUCAGGAAAACUGCAAGAAACUUCAACCAACCUAUGUGCAAAGCUGCCAGGACAACUGUGGUAGAGGUGGAAGAAAUUGUUGAUAUAGGAGCAUUUGCCCCAGAAGACAUUCAUGUUCCCAAAAUCUAUGUUGAUCGUCUGAUACAAGGAGAGAAGUUUGAGAAGAGGAUUGAACGUUUAUCAAUCCGAAAGCCUGAAGACUCAAAAGCCAAACAAAAACAGGGAGACAAUGUGAGGGAGAGGAUCAUCAGACGGGCUGCUUUAGAGUUUGAGGAUGGCAUGUAUGCUAAUCUGGGUAUUGGAAUCCCACUGUUGGCCAGUAACUUCAUCAGUCCAGAUAUAACUGUUCACUUACAGAGUGAAAAUGGAGUCCUGGGUUUGGGUCCUUAUCCACUUGAAAAUGAAGUAGAUCCAGACCUGAUUAAUGCAGGUAAGGAGACAGUCACUGUUCUUCCAGGUUCUUCCUAUUUCUCCAGUGAUGAAUCAUUUGCAAUGAUAAGAGGAGGCCAUGUUGAUUUGACAAUGCUUGGAGCUAUGCAGGUGUCUAAGUAUGGUGACCUGGCCAACUGGAUGAUUCCUGGUAAGAUGGUGAAAGGAAUGGGGGGUGCCAUGGACCUGGUAUCCAGUGCGCAGACCAAAGUGGUUGUCACCAUGGAGCACUCAGCCAAGGGCAAUGUCCAUAAAAUCUUGGAAAAAUGCAAUUUACCACUUACUGGGAAACAAUGUGUAAACCGCAUCAUCACAGAGAAGGCUGUGUUUGAUGUGGACAAGAAGAAGGGAUUGACCCUUGUGGAAAUCUGGGAGGGACUGACAGUGGAUGAUAUCAAGAAAAGCACUGGCUGUGACUUCACGGUUUCGCCAAAACUAAUACCAAUGAGGCAGAUUUAAACGUGAAAUACAGACUGGGCUUAACUUGCCAGAAGGCUUGUUUCCAAAUGGGAGCUCAGUGAAGAGAAAUUGAUGACUGUUUUGCAAUUUUACUACUUCUUUUUUUUUUUUUUUAAGGGCUUUGUAAGUAGUUUCCAGAUAGUUAAACUCAGGCUGUGACUAUCAGCCUAAAUUGUAUUUUACUUUCCUAACAUUACCAAUUUUAAUGGAAGGGUGAAUUUAUUCUUUAAAUUUUGAAUAAUGUUAUACUAAAAUGUUAAUGAACAUUGUCAUUGCCUUGUAGUCUCUCUGCCAAAUACUACAUUUUUUACACAGAUUCAGAAAAUGACCAUACACAACUUAUGAUUGCCUCUGCUUUUCCUGAUGUCAUUAAGCUUACAAGUCACUCUGUUACUCUGGAGCUAUAGCACUUACUAUGUCCAUUCUUCUGUAAAGGUGUGGGGAUUUUUUCUGGAGUGGUCUAUAGCAAAUGUACGCAGCUGUAGAGAGACAUCAGGAAUAUGGACUUCCCUUUUCCUGAACCUUUUAAUAAGUCUGUGACAAGACUGUUUAUACCAGUGGAAAUAACUGGGUCCUUAGCCCUGAAUGUAUUUGCUGUUUCCACGGUGUGUGUCUGUUGGCAUUAAGAAGCCUAUACCUCCCAAAGUCCAACUCUGACGCCUUUUAUUUAAAUCAUACAAACUAGAAUGGGGUUUGUAUGAAGGAGGAAGAUCAAAAAGUUUCCAUCCCCAUGCAGGCCACUGGUACCUGCACAAUUUUCCCGCAUGAACCACUCUUACUUUCCAGAUAUAAUCCUUCUUCCCAGCCCCCAUUCAAAGGCAAAUGAAGAUUCUUUCUGGAGUGAGAUCUGUCCUUCCAGUGUUACACAGAGAAACAGUGGAAGAGAAUGUUGUGGGCACUUGGAAUAGUUUUCUGAAGGGAAUGCAAUUGGUUAAGGGUAAAAGCAGUAAGUUUGCACCAUGUGCCAAUCAAGGUGUUGGCAAAAACUAAAGAGUUUGCAACCCAAACUCAUGAUAACUAGAAUGAAUGCCAUGAGACAAUCAAAAUGAAAAGUCAUUCUGUCAUGCUGGUUCUGCUAUUUGAUAAAAAUCUUUCUUUCCCUGUUAUUAAUUACAAAGUGACUGAUGUAUUUGCAAAUAGGUAAUAUGACAGGAUUGGAUCUCACAUACUAAAUCAGCACAAUAUGUUUUUAUUAUACAGAGCACGAAUUGACUGGAAAUCUGCAUUUACUAAAAUACAGUAUUCUCUCCAAUUAUAAUGGUUUCUGUCAUUCAUAUAAAUAGGAACACAUAAAACACUUCAGUUAAAAUAAUUCCUGGCAUAAUUUUUGACAUCAGGACUGGAGCAGAUUCAGUGACCGAAAAACAUGUAAAAUGUAGAUGCACAAAUAAAUAUAUAUAUAUAUGCCUAUCA